CCUGGGCAGCUGAGUGUGGAAAGAGAGGGAUUCCUGAGGCUGUUGUUGUCCAUGGGCUUCCAAGGUCACACCACCUACAAGUAGGGAGCAGGGACAGAGAAAGAGCCUGCAUGCCAUUUCUAAGGUCUUCAGGAUCAAAUGUCGUUCGUCCUGUCCAGAAUGGCAGCCUGUGGAGGCACCUGCAAGACCAAAGUCACUGUCUCCAAGCCCGUGUGGGACUUCUUGAGCAAGGAGACACCAGCCCGGCUGGCCCGGCUCCGGGAAGAGCACCGUGUGUCCAUCCUCAUAGAUGGCGAGACUUCUGACAUCUAUGUCCUCCAGCUCUCCCCACAGGGCCCUCCCCCCGCCCCGCCCAAUGGGCUCUACCUGGCCAGGAAGGCUCUCAAGGGGCUGCUCAAAGAGGCAGAGAAAGAGCUGAAGAAAGCUCAGAGGCAGGGGGAGCUGAUGGGCUGCCUGGCUUUGGGGGGCGCGGGGGAACAUCCUGAGCUGCACCGCCCAGGCCCACCCCCUCUCCGAGCAGCCCCACUCCUGCCUCCAGGGGCCCGGGGGCUUCCUCCUCCUCCUCCCCCCCUGCCUCCUCCUCUUCCUCCCCGCCUUCGGGAGGAGGCAGAAGAGCAGGAGAGCACGUGCCCCAUCUGUCUGGGGGAGAUCCAGAACGCCAAGACAUUGGAGAAGUGUCGGCACUCUUUCUGUGAAGGCUGCAUCACCCGGGCCCUGCAGGUGAAAAAGGCCUGUCCCAUGUGUGGCCGCUUCUAUGGGCAGCUGGUGGGCAACCAGCCCCAGAAUGGACGGAUGCUGGUCUCUAAGGACGCCACACUCCUGCUGCCCAGUUAUGAGAAGUAUGGCACCAUCGUCAUCCAGUAUGUCUUCCCGCCCGGUGUCCAGGGGGCUGAACACCCAAACCCAGGAGUUCGGUAUCCUGGCACCACUCGGGUGGCCUACCUCCCGGACUGCCCUGAGGGUAACAAGGUGCUGACCCUGUUCCGAAAGGCGUUUGACCAGCGUCUCACCUUCACCAUUGGCACGUCCAUGACCACAGGGAGACCGAAUGUCAUCACCUGGAACGACAUCCACCACAAGACCAGCUGCACAGGGGGACCCCAGCUGUUUGGGUACCCAGACCCCACCUACUUGACCCGGGUGCAAGAGGAGCUGAGAGCCAAGGGUAUCACAGAUGAUUGAAGGACAUCCCCCUUGCCAAGGCCCCUGCCUUUGUCCUCCACUAGGACCCAACAGAAGCCUCUGUUCUCUUUCCCUCUGCUCCCCCAUUCCAUGCAGUAGGGGACCUGUCUGACUGGGGAGGAGUUCCGAGAGGGAUGGGCAAUCCCUUCCCCUGUCCCCACAGGCCAAGUGCUUCAGUGCAGUGUGAGCUGCUCCCUCCUGGCAGAGGCUGCUUCUCAGGCUCUGCUUCCCUCUGGUGUACAUACUCCCAGUCUUUCUGCCCCCUCCAUUGCCCUUGGCUUUUUCUGGUCUGUCUGUGCUCCAGUGACUAAGCUGAGAAAGGAUGUGGGUGGGCAGGGAGGGGGUCUUGAACGCCCACUCCCACCCCAUAGUGUUCCACUGCUGAACUUUGGUGCAGGGGAGGGGGAAUCAGCCGGUGUGAGCCCCCACGGAGCGGCCCUGUAUGUUCUUCCUAACCAGUUCCCCGGCUACCUUAACCUCGUCCUUUCCUGUGUCUUUGUUUCUGUCAGUCUGUCUCCUGCUCUUCUCCGCCCUAUAAGGAGCCUCCUUACCCCGUUCUGGAACUGCCGCCAAACUGUAGCUUUUAAUUUAAUAAAAAUAAAGCAAAAUAUGCAACUCUA